CCCACUCCAAAGACCACGUUGAUGUCCUCGCUGUUGCUCCCAUGGGGAAGCACAUCUUGUUUUUUCAUCUGCUCUCCUUAUCCCUUCUUCUGGCUGCAGCAGGAACUAAAGUAGUAGAUAGUACAUCUCAUCAUCAUCAUCAUCAUCACCAUCAUCACCAUCUCCAUACUCAAAACCAGAUUCAUGGGUUUUCUAAGCUUUUCGUUUUUGGAGACUCUUAUGCCGACACUGGAAAUAAUGCGAAAACAUUUGCAUCGUGGCAUGAGCCCUACGGGAUCACUUUUCCCGGUAAACCAUCUGGUCGUUGGUCUGAUGGACGAGUCCUGACCGACUACGUAGCUUCGUUUCUUGGAAUCAAGUCUCCAGUACCAUAUCGAUGGAUGAAAUAUGGACCAAAACUAGUACCAUUUGGGAUCAAUUUUGCUUACGGAGGGAGUGGUGUUUCCCAAACAUUGUUUCCAGUUCCAAACAUGACUGUGCAAAUCAACUCCUUUCAACAACUCAUCCAAAAAGGGCUCUACACCAAGAAAGACCUCUAUUCUUCCGUUGCUCUCGUCUCACUUGUUGGCAACGAUUAUGCUGCUUAUCUUACCAGAAAUGGCACCGCUGAGGGUCUUCCAGCCUUCAUAGCGACCGUGGUUAACCAGCUGGCCUUGAAUCUGAAACGCAUCAACGUCAUGGGUGUGAAAACAAUAGUCGUCACAGGUCUCCAACCACUGGGAUGUCUUCCUCAACGCACUGUCUUCACUUCUUUCCAACAAUGCAAUGAAACAGAUAACGCAGGAGUGAUAUUCCACAACCAGUUGCUACAACAAGUUGUAGACAAAUUCAACAACGAGAGCAAGGACUCUUCAUUCUUAAUUCUUGAUCUCUACCGUUCAUUCAAGACCAUAUUGAAUCAGACGGCCCUACCAGGAAAUAUGAAGUUUGACGAUCUGUUGAAGCCAUGUUGCAUGGGCGUAAAUUCCUCAUUCUCAUGUGGAAGCAAAGACGAGAAUGGCGUGAAGAUGUAUACAGUCUGCAAGAACCCAAAGACGGCAUUCUUCUGGGACAUGUUUCACCCUACUCAAGAGGGUUGGAAGGCUGUCCGUUUGCUUCUGGAAUCCUAUCUGUUCCCACCCAAGUCCUAGAUUGGAUUGUCAUGGUUUUCUGUGUUCCAUGCUUUCAUUCUUAAUUCCUCCCCCUUCCAUCGUUUCAAUUUAAAUAGUUCCCAUGUGACGCAUACAUUUCUGUAUCGAUAUGUUUUGUCCCGUCGUUGGAUUAGUGCAGUUUGGGUGGACCAAAAGUAA